AUGGCCGCGCGGAACGCCUCAGCUAUCCAGUUUACGAGCCCCUCAAUCGAUCACGAGUUCUGGAAGGACUUCAGCGAAGAAGAAUGCACGUGGCUGUACGCGCCGCUUACUUCCUUGGGCCUAGAUCACGAGUUCUGGAAGGAUUUCAGCGAGGAAGACUGCACAUGGCUGUCUGGCCCGCUGGACUUCCCGGCGCCUGCAGAUACAUCCAUCGAUCAUGCGUUUUGGGAGGACUACAGCGAGGAGGAGCAGACGUGGCUGUACGUCCCGGGGCCGCGCAGCAACACGCCCACGCCCACGCACGUCACGGGUGCACGCGCUGCUGUCACCACCGCUGCUGUCACCUCCGCUACUGCGCAGAUCGCUGCUGUCACCAGCGCUGCAGUUAAGACUGCUUCCGUGAAGAGCGUUGCUGUGAAAAGCGUUCCUGUUAAGGCCGCGGUUUCAGCAGCCAAGGGAACGCGUGCAUUUGCAGCUGCACCAGCCAAGGCCGCUGCUGUUAGAAGCGUUGCUGUUAAGCCUGCAGCUGCAGCAGCUAAAGGAGCGCCAGCCAAGGCCACUCGUGUGACGCCUGCAGCUGCUAAGAAGGUUAAGAGCAGCCCAGUGGGGUCGGUGGCAACAAAAGCGACAGCAGAGAAGGUGAGGGAGCAGGGCAAUGGGAGGGCAGCACACACGGCGGUGCGUGCAGCAGCAGCAGGGAAUGCGACGUUGGGAGGGGUGGAGGCAGCAGGAGGGCGAGCAGCAGGUGUGGGGUGGGGUUCAGGGCGUGGUGGCGGUGGUGCGAGUGGCAUCCCUCAGCCUGGGCAGAGCAGGGCAGCGCACACGGCUGCAGCGGCUAAGGCAGUGCAGGCUGCGCCUCACAGCACUCGUAAGCCGGCUGCUCCAGCAGCAGCAGUGCCCGCCACUCGCAUUCCCAAGCCACGCCCCGCAGCACCCCAGGGAAGUAGUGGACGGUAG